GGGCAGGACUUCCUGGCCACUUUGGAAUGCCUGUCGGAAGUGACUGCGGACGAAUCGGCGUUUGUAAGGGCUGGUAGAGUUUAGGGUGUCUGCACUUGAGGUGCUUUCGGCGCGAAAGAUGCCGGGCCUGGCCGCUGCAAGCCCUGCCCCGGCUGAGUCACAGGAGAAGAAGCCGCUGAAGCCCUGCUGCGCCUGCCCCGAGACCAAGAAGGCGCGCGAUGCGUGCAUCAUCGAGAAAGGAGAAGAGCACUGUGGACAUCUAAUUGAGGCCCACAAGGAGUGCAUGAGAGCCCUGGGAUUUAAAAUAUGAAAUGGUGAUCUGCUCUGUGAGUGAAUAAUUCCUGAAGAAUGAAGAUUUAACUACUUUGGGGAGUUUUUUGAUGAGCUUUAAUAAAUGGAAAAAGUAUAAUUUAUUUUAAAAAAGAUAAGAAAAUAUCCCUAUUCAAAAAUC